UUGGGCUGAAAUGACAGCUAUUAGGGAAAUGGGAAAUAACACGUAGGAAACGCAGCGGAGUCAGGCCUUUUGUGUAGUGGCUCUCUUCUGGAUCUCAAUGCCGCUGACUACAGGGUUUCAUUUGCAACAGUGCGGUGCAGACAUUUAUAUGGAGAGCUACAGGAUAAGCCGCCUUCUUGAGCUCGACAGAAUGAAACCUUGAGUCUUGUGCUGUAGAGUGUAUUUUUUUUUCUUAAUGUGCUUUCGGAAACUAUGCAGAUCUGGAUAAGGAGAGUGCUGAAUUAAACAUGAUGAAGACUGAAGCAUCCUCACCAGCCAGCUUGCGGAGUCCCUCUCCCCAUCGCAAUGCCUAUGAGGCAGAGAUCCAGGCUCUGCAAAACCCCAGUCAGACGAGCAACGGGGAAGAAAAGCCGGACGAGGAUGCCGAGGGCAAGAAGCAGAGCCGGGGCAAGAAGUACGGCUCUAACGUGCACAGGAUUAAAAACAUGUUCCUGCAGAAGAUGGGUACCACCCCUAACGAGGCGACUGGCAUCCCAGCCAAAGGCAAGGAGAGAUCUGUGCGCCUGUCUCUGCCCAGAGCCAGCAGCCUCAAUGAAAACGUGGACCACAGUGCCCUGUUGAAACUUGGCACCAGUGUCUCAGAGAGAGUGAGCCGUUUUGACACCAAGAGCGAGAGACCUUUCUCCAAGCUUCAGGAGACCAGAAAGAUGUUUGAGAAGAACAUCCAAGAGAAGAACCUUUCCAACAGAAUCUUGCUGAAAAAGGAGAGGGCUGGUCUCAAGGACAGCAAGCUGGAUGUGGUGGUUCGAUUCAAUGGAAGUACCGAGUCCCUAGACAGCCUGGAGACCGAAGCUAUCUCACCCACAGUGAGCCAGCUCAGUGCAGUUUUUGAGAGUGGCGCACAUCAGAAAAAGGCUGGUGUCCUAGACAAGGUGAUCAGGCAUGGCACCUCCUCACUCAACACAAAACCAUUCCCAAAAAAAUCAAAAGUAGUUCUUAAAAGCCAACAGGAUACACUUAAAACAGACAGUGGGACUAACAGCGAUGGUGACUUCUCCCUUGAUCUUGCAGGCCCUAGCCAACUCAGAAAAGAAAGUGAGGAACUACAGACGGAUAAGUUGUUGAUUGGAUCUCCAUCCAGCAGUAAUCUAGCCCAGAAGCUGGCAUCGCUGGUGAAACAAGGGGACAGUCUGAAAGAAACAAGGCCUGUGGCGUCCACACAAAUGUCACAAAAAAAUGAAGAGGUGAGGAAAAUUAGACCUGUGGAUGUGAAAGACACUGCAGAGUUGGAGAAGGAAUCUAAAUCUACAGACGAUGAAAAAGAUUCAGAACUUGCCCCUAAGGAUCUUGAAACUGGCAGAGGCUUACAGCCAGUAGAAGCUGUUUCAGAGACUUGUGAGCCUCAGUUGGUUGACGCCACAGCACCAGGCCUGGAUGUUAAUUCAGAAAAUAGAAAUCUUCCGAAGGAAUGCUUGGAUAAUUUGCAGCCUCCAUCAUUGGAGUCUGCAGAGGGGAUUACACAUCAGGCGGAGGAGUCUUUGUCGUCGAAAGCUGGUUCCUUUGAAGAUGGAGAACAAGCCAAAAAUGACAUUGAUCGAGAUGACCAUUGCAAAAAAGGUGAAGACUUCUCGGAGGCUGAUAUGGUGGAUAUUAGCGCCUUUAGUGGGGUAGGUGAUGAAUCAGAAGGAAGUUGUCUGGAUGAUGAUGAGGAUGAUGCAUUUGAACCUGAAAGUGGCUACUCAGAAAUCACUGGGCUAUCUGACGAAGAGGAGCCUGUUCCACACAGGAAGAUUCGCUUCAGUACAGCAUCAAUUAAAGUGUUCACCACCUAUUCCAAUGAAGACUAUGACCGGCGCAAUGAUGAUGUGGAUCCCAUGGCAGCAUCAGCAGAGUAUGAGUUGGAAAAAAGAGUGGAAAGACUGGACCUUUUUCCUGUGGAACUUGAAAAAGAUGGUGAUGGCCUAGGUAUAAGCAUUAUUGGAAUGGGAGCUGGAGCAGAUAUGGGAUUGGAAAAACUUGGGAUAUUUGUGAAGACAGUAACUGAAGGUGGAGCUGCUCACAGAGACGGCAGAAUCCAGGUGAAUGACCUGAUUGUGGAAGUGGAUGGAAUCAGUCUGGUUGGUGUGACCCAGAGCUUUGCCGCCUCAGUCCUUAGGAACACAAAAGGAACAGUCAGGUUUCUGAUUGGACGGGAGAAACCUGGAGAAACCAGUGAAGUUGCCCAGCUUAUUCGUCAGACACUAGAGCAGGAGAGAUGGCAGAGAGAGAUGAUGGAACAACAUUAUGGACAAUACGUUGAUGAAGAUGAGGAGACAGGAGAAUAUGCAACAGAUGAAGAGGAAGAAGAGAUGAGCCCCAUGUUCGCUAACAAUGACAUGGCAAUUGAAGUUUUUGAUCUAGCGGAAAAUGAAGAUAUGCUUUCGCCGGUGGAAAUGGAUCCUGAAAAGCUGGUGCAUAAGUUCAAGGAGCUCCAGAUAAAACACGCUGUAACUGAAGCAGAGAUUCAGCAGCUGAAAAGAAAGCUUCAUUCGACGGAACAGGAGAAAAUGCGUUGGCGCAUGGAAAAAGUCCAGCUGGAGCAAAGUGUUGAGGAAAAUAAAGAGCGGAUGGAGAAGCUGGAGAGUUACUGGAUGGAAGCCCAAACUCUUUGUCAGGCAGUGGAUGAGCAUUUGAAAGAGACACAGGCCCAGUACCAGGCCUUGGAGAGGAAGUACAGCAAAGCAAAACGCCUGAUUAAAGAAUACCAGCAAAAGGAAAUAGAGUUUCUGAAAAAGGAAACAGCUCAAAGAAGAACAUUGGAAGAAACAGAAAAUUCACAUAAAGAAGAGAUUGAGAAGCUUCAGAACAAGGUAACAGAACUGGAGACAAGCAUAGAGUCACUGAAGAACUCCAAUGCAAUUUAGAUGAGAAGAUAGCAUUACAUCACUUGCAUUCAAAAUAAACGUUUAUGCAAGAGCAACCGGUCUUAAAAAAUGAUAUUUUCUUGUUUGUUUUCUUCUGAAAAAUUUGUACCAGUUGCACUCAGUGCAAGAGGUUGUGCUUAAGGGAAUUUUUGCAUUAUUGUCUUACAUGUAUACAGUUUGCCAAGUCACUUUCCAAACAUAUGGCCAAAUUGAAUUUGUCCAGUGAAUAUGAAUGGGUUGCAAUGAACUGGUCUGCACUAGAUUGGACUUGGUACUCAAGCCACAGAACUAGUAAUUUCCCAUUCGGCUUAUUUAGUUUUAAUAAUAUCAAAAGGCUCGAACAAAUGAAUGUUCACUGGAGGCAUUCUCAUUGCAGAAGUAAAUUGCAAGUUUUCUGUGGGUCACAAGUCCUUGGUGACCUAUUGCUUAAGAAUACCAAGAGGUCUAGCCUGCCAUUACGGCAUGUGCAAGAAGGCACAUCUUCUAAUGACUGAGAUCAAAGGCAGUAUGUUUUUCUCUUGUUAUUUGUGUGAUUUCUUUUCACAGAUCGAUGUAAACAAUUGUUCUUUUAUCUAUUCAUUUUAUUUCAUUCUGUGAUUAAGAGCAUUUUAGCACCAUGCUACCAAUGCUGAUGUCCUUUUAUAUCUGAGUAGUGUGAAGGUACCAGUACCUGUCUUAAUAAAGAUUGUCUUUAGACGUGUAAUUUAAAGAAAAUAUAAACCAAAUUUCAUUAAUUUGUUACUGAACAGGUGAAUAUGAAGUGGAAUUAAACAAAAUGUAUAGAAACAUUGGAAAGGAAAGUUGAAUAAUGAUAAUUGUAAUGGACUAAUGGAGUAGAUGGUUACAAAGUUAAUGAUACUAAAAAUGUUGCAUUUUGCAGUUUUUUCUAUUGUAACUGCUCUGAUCUACCAGGCUUUAUUAUUCAUUCCUAUUAUUAUUCAUUGUGCCAUACUUGGUAGAUCUUCCCACUUAUUGUCAUUACAUAUGUACAGAAAAAGGUGGGUGUUUGUGUAGAUGUUUGACUGAAGCCUAUGUAAUAUGUAGUAUAAAAUUUAAGAACAAGAGUGCACCGUAAAAAAGAAAAAAUACAUGGUCAGAUCAGUUUCUGGAGCUGUGUAUUACAGAUGUUAGUGUCUGAUGUGUUUGAAUGAGCUCUCCACAGGAUGGAGGAUGCUAGUGCAAGGAAUAUACUUAAUAAACCAUUCCAGCACAGAAUCUAUUUAAGAAUGAGAUUUACCUCGUGCUACCCUUUUAUCACCACAAGUUUAUGCCCAAGAGUAAACUAGCUCUUCAGUUUUGCAUUUCAUUUUAAAUGAGGUUGAGGUAUCUCGUUGAUCUAGACAAAAACUGAGUUAUAUCAUAUAAGGGAGAGGUGUGCUUCUCCCAUUAGAGACCAUAAUAAUACUCAGGUGUGUGAAAGACUUCACCCUUUUUUCCCCACUUGUUACCAUUGCCAUGGAAAAUGAAGGGGACAAAUUACAAUGAAUCUAACACUGGAGUAUGUUUGACAUGGUGUAAAGGUGCUUGCUAUUGUUUAAAUAGGAGGAUGUGGCAUUUACAUAGCUGCCUUUCCAAUCUGUAACGUAGGCAGAUGGGAACCAUUCCAUCCAUUACCUGACAAAGUUCCACCCAAUGCCAGAACCAGCACUGUACUAGAGUUUUAGCUUGUUUUAUAUACAGCUUUGUAGACAGUAGACGUAGUUGACAUAUAGGCACUAUCAACAAGCUGGUAAUCCAUUGCCCAGAAAAGCAAUGCUUAUGGAGAUUCCAUAUUAAUUAGUAUUAUAAUUUGGUUCAAUGGGCACAACAAAUGCUCAGCAAUUUAUCUUCCACUUUGUUAUGUGUUGCAUUAAACUAUUAUUUUAGUGGUACAAAGUGUCAUCAUCAUAAACAACAGUAGGAAGUAACUUGAUGUAACAAAUUGUUUUACAGAGAACCAUAUGAAUAAAAAAGUGAAAUAAUAUCUGUAUAAAACAUUUGAUACUGUGAGUAACUUCUUUCAAUCUCUGAAGUAGAAGUGUUACUUUCUAACCAGAUAACCAUACAGUUAGCAUUAAUGCUGUAGGGGCUGAAAUUCCAACAGUGCUUUUCAUCAAUGGGUCACACUAGUUGCUGCUUGCAGUCCUGGGCCAUUCAAUGCACCUUGAUCCAGUGGCCUAGAGAAAAUUUGCUGGACAUCUGCAUAUUUGGGCCUUUCAACAUAUCCUGGCUGAUGUGCUCAUCUCAUUUGAAGUGAACACUGAAAGAAUCCACCUUUUUUUGUUUUGUUCCAGCUGGUGAUGCAGUCCAUGCCACUUGGCCUUAGUGCCCAAUGGCUUAACCCCACCCUAUACUCCUAGCCAAGAUACACCCACCAUUCCCUAUUACAAGAUGGUCUGUGCAGUGCAGCCCUUAAAUGGUUGCUGAUACCCUGAUGUCCAGCCCUGCCACUCACAGAAACCAAUUCAGAGUCCCAUCAUGUUACGUAGAAACAUAGAAAACCUACAGCACAAUACAGGCCCUUUGGCCCACAAAGCUGUGCCAAACAUGUCCAUACCUUAGAAGUUACCUAGGGUUACCAUAGCCCUCUACUUUUCUAAGCUCCAUGUACCUAUCCAGGAGUCUCUUAAAAGACCCUAUUGUAUCCGCCUCCACCACUGUCACUGGCAGCCCAUUCCACACACUCAUCACUCUCUGCGUAAAAAAAAAAAUUACCCCUGAUACCUCUUCUGUACCUACUUCCAAGCACCUUAAAACUGUGCCCUCUUGUGCUGGCCAUUUCAGCCCUGGGAAAAAGCCUCUGACUAUCCACGCAAUCAAUGCCUCUCAUCAUCUUAUAUAUCUCUAUCAGGUCACCUCUCAUCCUCUGUCAUUCUAAGGAGAAAAGGCCAAGUUCGCUCAUCAUAUUCUCAGAAGGCAUGCUCCCCAAUCCAGGCAACAUCCUUGUAAGUCUCCUCUGCACCCUUCCUAUGGUUUCCUUGUCCUUCCUGCAGUGAGGUGACCAGAACUAAGCACAGUACUCCAAGUGGGGUCUGACCAGCGUCCUAUAUAGCUGCAUCAUAUGCCUUCUUGACCACAGAGUUAAGCUGUGCAGCAGCUUUGAGUGUCCUAUGGACUCGGACCCCAAGAUCCCUCUGAUCCUCCAUACUGCCAAGAGUCUUACCAUUAAUACUAUAUUCUGCCAUCAUGUUUGACCUACCAAAAUGAACCACCUUACACUUAUCUGGAUUGAACUCCAUCUGCCACUUCUCAGCCCAGUUUUGCAUCUUAUCUCUGACAGCCCUCCACACUAUCCACAGCACCGCUAACCUUUGCGUCAUCAGCAAAUUUACUAACCCACCCCUCCACUUCCUCAUCCAGGUCAUUUAUAAAAAUCACGAAGAGAAGGGGUCCCAAAACAGAUCCCUGAGGCACACCACUGGUCACCGACCUCCAUGCAGAAUAUGACCUGUCUACAACCGCUCUUUGCCUUCUGUGGGCAAGCCAGUUCUGGAUCCACAAAGCAAUGUUCCCCUUGAUCCCAUACCUCCUUACUUUCUCAAUAAGCCUUGAAUGGGGUACCUUAUCAAAUGCCUUGCUGAAAUCCAUAUACACUACAUCUACUGCUCUACCUUCAUCAAUGUCACAUCCUCAAAAAAUUCCAUCAGGCUCGUAAGCAUAACCUGCCUUUGACAAAGCCAUGCUGUCUGUUCCUAAUCAUAUUAUGCCCCUCCAAAUGUUCAUAAAUCCUGCCUCUCAGGAUCUUCUCUAUCAAUUUACCAACCACUGAAGUAAGACUCACUAGUCUGUAAUUUCCUGGGCUAUCUCUACUCCCUUUCUUGAAUAAGGGAACAACAUCCACAACCCUCCAAUCCUCCAGAACCUCUUCCAUCCCCAUUGAUGAUGCAAAGAAAAUCACCAGAGGCUCAGCAAUUUCCUCCCUUGCCUCCCACAGUAGCCUGGGAUACAUCUCCUUCGGUCCCAGCGACUUAUCCAACUUGAUGCUUUCCAAAAGCUCCAGGACAUCCUCUUCCUUAAUAUCUACAUGCUCAAGCUUUUCAGUCCGCUGUAAGUCAUCCCUACAAUCGCCAAGAUUGUAGUGAAUAUGGAAUCAAAGUAUUCAUUAAGUACCUCUGCUAUCUCCUCCAGUUCCAUACACACUUUUCCACUGUUACACUUGAUUGGUCCUGUUCUCUGACGUCUUAUCCUCUUGCUCUUCAUAUACUGGUAGAAAGCCUUGGGGUUCUCCUUAAUCCUGUCUGCCAAGGCCUUUUCAUGGCCCCUUCUGGCUCUCCUAAUUUCUUUUUUAAGCUCCUUCCUGCUAGCCUUCUAAUCUUCUAGAUCUCUCAUAUUACCUAGUUUUUUGAACCUUUCGAAAGCUCUUCUUGUCUUUUUGACUAGAUUUACAACAGCCUUUGUACACCAUGGUUCCUGUACCCUACCAUCCUUUCUGUGUCUCAUUCUAAUGUACCUAUGCAGAACUCCAUGCAAAUAUCCCCUGAACAUUUGCCACAUUUCUUCCGUACGUUUCCCUGAGAACAUCUGUUUCCACUAUGCUUCCAAGUUCCUGCCUGAUUGCCUCCUAUUUGUCCUUACUCCAAAUAAAUGCUUUCCUAACUUGUUCCUAUCCCUCUCCAAAGCUAUAAUAAAGAAGAUAGAAUUGCGAUCACUAUCUCCAAAAUGCUCUCCCACUGAGAGAUCUGACACCUGACCAGGUUCAUUUCCCAAUACCAGAUCAAGUACAGUCUCUCCUCUUGCAGGCUUAUCUACAUAUUGUGUCAAGAAACCUUCCUGAACACACCUAACAAACUCGACCCCAUCUAAACCGCUUGCUGUAGGGAUGUGUCAAUCGAUAUUUGGGAAAUUAAAAUCUCCCACCACAACAACCCUACUAUUAUUACACCUUUCCAGAAUCUGUCUCCCUAUCUACUCCUCGAUGACGCUGUUACUAUUGGUUGAUCUAUAAAAAACACCCAGUAGAGUUAUUGACCCCUUCCUGUUCCUAACUUCCACCCACAGAGACUCCGUAGACAACACCUCCAUGACUUUCUUCUUUUCUGUGGCCGUGACACUAUCUCUGAUCAACAGUGCCAUGUCCCCACCUCUUUUGCCUCCCUCCCUGCCUUUUCUGAAACAUCUAAAGCCCGGCACUUGAAGUAACCAUUCCUGCCCCUGAGCCAUCCAAGUCUCUGUAAUGGCCACAACGUCAUAGCUCCAAACGCUGAUCCACGCUCGAAACUUGUCCGCUUUGUUCACAAUACUCAUUGUGUUAAAAUAGACACAUCUCAAAGAUCUAAUUUAAUCCAACAAGACCAGGUGAAUAGGUUUAGAAUCUUGGUCCCAUCGAUCCCACAAGACCAACUGAAAUGUUUGGUUGGAAAGGCAACUCUUGCUAGAGGGCACUGGAUAAGACAUUGAAAGUCCACUGUCAAGUGACAUCUCUUUGGAAUGUUGUUCCAUUGAAUGACUGAAUAUUCCUAACUGCUAGCUGAACCACUGCAGGAGCAAUGCUACAGUCUAUGAAUAAUCCCCGGCGAAGCCAGCAAUCUGAGUUCUACCAUAAUCUUCUCUUCUGGAGAAAGAAGGCAGCUUGCUUGUGGGCAGCAGCAUGGGAAACAUGAAGAUAAUACAUUUAUUUUGGAAUUCAUCCCUGACUGGUGCUAUAUGUCACAGUACAUUGUAAUUUGCCUCUGAAAUUCAUUCAACUAGCAUCAACUCAAUAGAACUUAAUUUCCAAGGCAAGGUGCAAUGCAUUGACACAAUCAAAUGGUACAUUUAGCAGGACCAAACAGGGUAAGAAUUUCAAGGCUUUAGUUAAAAAACAAAAUAUUUUAAAAGCUGCUACUUACAAAAUGUGAUUAUUUUUCCAUCUGUGGUAUUCUAGAAGGGGUUGCAAUCUGUGUUGUACUGACACGCUACCCCUUCAACUCAGGAACUUGGUUUUGGAACCUAGUCUGACAAAAUGAAACUCCCCUUCCUUGUCUCCAAGUGUCUGAAGGGAAAUGACUUUUGGCCUUCUGAAUCCAUUUCAUAAGAAGCAAGAGCCAACAGUAAUUAUCAUUAAAUUGGAAAUCACAAUGUGAGAUUAAUCAUAGAGGAGAGAGGAAGGGUAGAAAUUAGAGCAGGGUUAAGAGUCAAAGCAGUAAGUAUAUAGAGGAAACAUCUUGUUCAUCUCCUAUGAACACUUAAUUUACCUUGCAAACAAUCCACAUCCCUAACACCAACAUCCCUCACAUUGAUGAAUUUAGAAAUGGCUGUUAUCUUCCUUGGAUAUUAUAGUGGACAUUUAGCAGACUAACAACUGAACUGUUGAGUUGAAACAGCAGGUUACACAUCAAACUCAGUUCUUGCUUUGACCUGCCAGAUACUCCUUCAGUUGUGGGGAGAGAUAGAAAACACUGAGCCAUAUUGGAUUUUUGAUAAAUACUUUUAUUGUUGCAGAUUGUUACAGUUUAGAGGUUUCAUAGCCAACUGGUUUGCAUAAUCCUUGUGCCCACUGUCUGAAAUUGUAUUGCAAUUGGUUAAUUUCACUUGCGUGUAUGUGCUAAUUGUAUUUGGUGAAAUGUAUACAACUUCAGAAAAAGUUAAAUUGUUUCUUUUAUGGUUCUCAACCAUGUUAGCUGAAUGUUCAUUAAAUUUCCUGUUAUAAGGUAUAACCUAGCUUAUAUGAAGUUAUUAAUCUUAUGAUACUUUUAAAAUUGAUUAAACUUGUUCAAUUGAAGUUCAAGUUCAAUUAUCAUUCAAUCAUACAUGAGAACUCAUGAACACCGAAUGAAACAGUGUUACUCCAGGGCCAAGGUGCAAAACACAGUACAUAGUACUAACAGUCAUACAUAGCAUAAGGCAUAUAUCACAGAUGUAAGAUGGCAAGUAAACAUACAGUCACAAUAAAUAAAUAUAUAAGCACAAGUCCCUGAGUGACAUGUCCUGUAAAUAGAUGGUGCAUGCCUGUUGUUGGCAAGAGUAAGCAGUUCUCAGCAGUCUGCAGACAAAUGUACACACUCAUGCUAUCCAGCUUGUCAUUCCACCGAUCGAAUACUAGAGGGCAGCACUGAUGGAAGGGGCCAGCCCUUAACCCAGCAUGGACACCACGCUGUACCUCCUCCUGUAUCUCCUCUCCUGGACUACUGCAGCAGGCAAGCCUGCGCCUCAAGGCCUAGUCCUCAUUACAACUGAGGCCAUACUGCUUCCCUGCUUUGUUUCACCAAUAAACAAAGGAAAUAGACCUGCAGCAUUUUACAUUAUCAU